GGAUCGAUCACUCCUACAUACACACCAGACGCGGUAUUCUCAUUGGCAUUGGAACACAUCGAACAAGAAUCUUCAAUCUGGAUUACAUCUUCAUGUCGUCGAGCGAAUCACUUGACUCCAGGCUCGAGGGUCUCCUGGAAAGACGGAAACGCAACUCGACCUACAGGAGCUUGAAAGGAUACAGGACGGUCCAGACUGCAAGCGAUCGUACGGGAUCGAGCAAAGACGAACUGAUAGACUUUUCUUCCAAUGACUACCUAUCCAUCACCCACUCUCCAUCUCUCCGAAGUCGCUACCUUCGCCGAUUAGAGAAUUGCCCCGCCUCACUCUUCGGAUCGGCCGGGUCUCGCUUGUUGGAUGGUACAACACCGUACCAUACCUCUCUCGAACAACGCUUGGCCCGGUACUUCAGCUACGCCAGCGGGACAACGGAUGGAGACCCCUCUACAUCGGACACUUCCGCUCUACUUUUCAACUCGGGUUACGAUGCAAACGUAUCGUUCUUCUCGACAGUACCACAACGAGGAGAUUAUAUCGUCCACGACGAGUUGGUACACGCCUCUGUAUGGGAUGGGAUGCGGGGUAACGCAAGACGAGGCGUACCAGAGUCGCAAAGGUAUAGCUUUCGGCACAACUCGGUCGAUGCCCUCGAACGAGUAUUGCGACAGAUCAUCAGCUUGGAAAUUGAACGACAUGGAAAGGGGAUAAUUUACGUCGCACUCGAAUCCCUUUACUCUAUGGACGGAGAUUUGGCACCGCUGGACGAGAUCCUCACUCUGCUGGACUCGCUACGGCGAGAAUUCCCACAUCAUGUGAACCCGAACAAGGUGAUCCUUGUGCUGGAUGAAGCACAUACUACGGGGGUGUCAGGUAAAGGAGGAAGAGGCUUGGCCUGGCAUUUACAAGACCGGGGUCAGGGUCCCGACCGGGACGAGCGAUACAGGAGUAGAGCGAGAAGAGUGCGAGAUUGGUGUCAGGUCCGGGUGAUGACAUUCGGUAAAGCCGUCGGAGGCCAGGGUGCUGUCCUCGUAGCUUCUCCUGCUGUCCGACAGUUUCUUAUCAACUAUGCUCGGCCAUUCAUCUUCUCAACGGCCAUGUCUGUCAACAACGUCUUGGCGAUAGAAAGUGCUUGGAACGUCUUGGAAAGCGACGAAGGCGACCAGCGGAGACGCGAUUUGCAGCGGAUAUGCAACAUUUUCAACCACGAGGUAUCACGACUUCUGCAGGAGAAUGUCGUCCCAGAUACGCUCUUAUCUUUACUUGCGGACAAAGACGCAGCAACACCAACCGAACCCACGCAUAUCACUCCCCUGAUCACGCCGCAUCCACAUAGUCUGGCUCUGCAUCUCCGAGAACAAGGCUUCCUCACUAGACCCGUCGUGCACCCAACGGUUCCCAAAGGCAGGGAGAGAGUCCGGGUCUGCUUACACGCAGGCAACCGCGAAGAAGAUGUGCUCGGACUGUUGGCAGCCAUCAGAGUCUGGCUACUUCAUGGGCCGCAUACAGCUGCAGCACCGCCCCUCAAGGCCAGGUUGUAAUCAUGCAAGCACU